AUGACGAUUGACAUUACACUAUUCAUUAUACUUACUCAAGUGCCUGAUGGAGCAGAGAAUAACAAGGGAAAUAUUUACUUGACAAGUACAAGCCCAGCAAGUGUUCUUAAAGGGUAUUAUAAGCAAUAUGAGAGAGAUUUUGCAACAUUUUUAAAGUACCGCUCGGAGGAAUUGGUGAAAGGCUGGCGUAUGGUAUUGACCAUGUUGGGAAGAAAGAAUGAAGAUCACUUCAGCAAAGGGAGUUCCUAUGAGUGGGAACUUCUGGCCACAACCCUUAAUUUUUUAUGGAUGCCGGGAUUAAUAGAAGAAGAGAAAGUUAAUUCGUUCAAUAUACCUGCAUACAACCCAUCUCCUACAGAAGUGAAAUACAUAGUUGAGAAAGAGGGAUCUUUUACCAUUAAUUGCUUGGAAACUUCAGAAGUCCAUAGGAAUUCAUCUGAUGAUGAGAAGUACAAUAUGGCACAAAGCUUUAGAUCUGUGGCUGAACCUUUGCUUGUUAGCCAUUUUGGUGAUGAAUUGAAUAUGGAUCAAGAGUUCCACAAAUACAAUGAAAUUAUUGCUAACGAUUGCAUGGGUAAAGAGAAAAUUAUGUUCGUAAAUGUCAUUGUGUCCUUGACCAAAACAAACUUGCCAUGUCUUGCUGCAAAUGGCCAGUUUCUUUUUGGGGUUUUAGCCUCCUGA